AUGGAAGAGAGGGAAAUUGAAAAGGUCCAGUUUGAACAAUACCAGGUACAUGUUUUGGCAAGUGUUUUGAAGAGCUUUUUAAGAGAAAUGCCAGAACCUCUACUUACUUUUGACUGUUACGAAUAUAUUUUAAGAGCUGCAAAUCUAACAGUGAACAGUAUGUCAACAAUGUUCACCUUUUUGAAAAAGCUGCCAUCUUUCAAUUUUGAUUUGAUGGAAAGAUUGAUAUUUCACUUUGCCAGAGUGGCACUUCGUGAAGAUGUCAAUAGAAUGAGUUCAAACGCUUUGGCAAUUGUUUUUGCCCCCUGUAGUCUCAGGACUAAUAAAGUAGUACCAGCGCAAGAUUCGCUACAUAAUAUAAGUAGACAAACAGCUUGCAUUGAGGUCAUAAUAUCUGAACGGUUGCCUAGAGUUCGUUCAACACUGGCUGAUAUCGACACAGUGGACACCGCAUGCCAUACAGCGACAUACCGUUUGUCAUCUAUUCGUAGUUCAAAGAUAUUUACACCUGAGGAGUUAGUUAUUUCAAAGCCCGAUGACGAAGAAGCCUUAUUAAUGGGCUAG